AUGACUAAUAUGGAGUACAAGGCCAAGAGGGAGUGUCACCUGAUUCACUAUCUGAGACUCAGCCAUCACUUGGUAGUUAUUAAUUAUUUGAUUUAUACCUUCGACAAGCUGAAGUCUGUCUCCUCUGAAGACAUUAACAUCACGGAUGCUGUUUUUGAUGGUGUGGAAGUCAGAGUGUUUGAACCUCCUGCGAAGGGAGAUGAAAGGCUCAAGCGCAGCGUUGUUUACAUCCACGGAGGCGGCUGGGCCUUGGCGAGUGCAAGAACAAGCCUUUAUAACAAUCUCUGCAGAAUCAUGGCUGAAUCUCUCAAUGCUGUCGUUGUCUCAGUUGAAUACAGGCGGGUACCAGAGGUCUGCUUCCCCGAGCAAUUCCAUGAUGCUCUUCGUGCUACGAAGCACUUUUUGCAGCCUGAUGUUUUAGCUGAGUAUUCGGUUGACCCGAGUCGAAUUGCAAUUUCUGGCGAUAGCGCAGGAGGAAAUUUGGCAGCUGCUGUGUGUCAGCAGCUUAGCAAAGAUGAGCGUUUGACCAUCAGACCGAAACUGCAGGCCUUAAUUUAUCCAGUCCUUCAGGCAUUUGACUUCAACACACCUUCUUAUCAGCAGAACAUGAACAUGCCCAUUCUUCCUCGUUUUGUCAUGAUCAACUAUUGGAUAGAUUAUUUCAACGGUAAUUAUGACUUGGCUCACUCACUGCUGAUUAACAACCACACUGCUCUUGACGUUGGCCAAGCUCUUUCUUUCAGAGGACGUCUGAACUGGACAUCUCUACUGCCUUCAUCAUUCAAAAAGAGCUACAAGCCUGUAAUACAAACCACAGGCAAGGCGGAAAUCAUCGAGGAGAUACCAGCGCUGCUCGAUGUACGAGCAGUCCCGCUCCUUGCAGAAAACGAAACUCUGCAGCUGCAGCCAAAGACUUACAUCCUGACCUGCGAGAACGACGUCCUGCGAGAUGACGGGGUGAUGUACGCCAAGCGCUUGGAGAACGCCGGCGUGGACGUCACGCUCGAUCACUUCGAGGACUGCUUUCACGGCUGUAUGAUAUUCACCAUUUGGCCUACCGAUUUCUCUGCGGGCAUUCAGACCAGGAACAGCUAUAUAAAAUGGUUGGAUGAAAACCUCUGA